ACAAUGUUCAUCAAACCACUGCUAAACUAAUGUCUUCAUGUUGUCAGACAGCUGACGGCUGAAACUCUGUUAGUUGUGAUCUGUUUAGUGAUAAUAUCGAGACUUUCUCGUCCAGAGUUGAGCCUCACUGCUAGCUAGCAUUAGCAACAAGCUGAAGGGACCAGAGACCAGUCAACUCCUUCCUGAUGACUUGAUUUGGCUGAUCAUCAACAAUGUUUACCUCAAAGGUUGUCCCCCGUCUCAAUCUGUUACGUAGAGCGACAUGUGCUCUUCAGGCCCAUGGAGAAGUUUUGAAUGGACGUGUGCAACCGCUUCUUCCUGUUUACUGCUCUUCGCUACAACAAAAACAGAGAAACUACUCAACGGCAGCAGACAACACACCUCCUCCUCGAUGGGUACAACUUGAGCCAGAACUGGACGAAGCUCUUGUGCCGCGUAAACUGUCGGUGAGUCCUCUGGAGAGCUGGCUCUCCCUGCGCUACUCCCUUCCUCCCCUGCAGGAGUGCGCUCAGCCGCAGGAGGACGUAGGGCCGCUGGAAGAGAAGAUGCUGCCUCCCGUCUCCGUCCCUGUUCUGGAGGAUGGGGAGGGUUCAGCAACACCUCUUAGCUGUAAGAAUGUUCUGAAGAUCCGACGGCGGAAGAUGAACCGGCAUAAAUACAAGAAGCUGCUAAAACGGACUAAAUUCUUGAGGAGAAGAGUGCUAGAGGGCAGGGGGAAGAAGAAGCAGAAACGAUUUGAGGAGGAUCUGAGGAGGAUUUGGACACGAGCUGGACUGAAGAAGGCACCAGAGGGGUGGAACACACCUAAGAUCUUCAUUAAGCAGCAUGGAAACAAAAGGGACUGAGAAACACUGACAACAAUGAUUCAAGUUUGUGUCACAUGAUCCCUCACACUGGACGUCUCUGUCUGCUCACAACACUUCACACUCUGCAGUUAAAACAACUUUAUGUGCUUUAAUUGAAGCAUAUUUCAGUGACAAGGACAUCUUCAUUAUGUGUACAAUUCAUUUUUAACAACGUGUACAUAAUCUAAUAAAGAUCUUUCUCUGUCAAGCCCGA